AAACAGACCAACCCAUCUCCAUCUCUUGAAGCACCUCUUUCGCUCUCUUCAGCAUCUUCAUCUUCAUCUAAUCCCUCCAGUGCAUCGCCACACUAUCCAGCCACAAUGUCCGACGACGAAGAUUUCAUGCAAGAGUCCGACGAGGAACAAUAUGACUUUGAGUACGAAGAGGACGAUGAGGAGGAGGCGGGCGAUGUCGACAUCGAGAACAAGUACUACAACGCGAAGCAGCUGAAGCUCAGCGACCCUCAGGAUGCCAUCACCGAGUUCCUGGGAAUUCCGCCUCUCGAGCCGGAGAAGGGAGAGUGGGGGUUCAAAGGCUUGAAGCAGGCCAUCAAGCUGGAGUUUAAGCUGGGGAAAUACGAUGAUGCGGCCGACCACUUUGCUGAGUUGCUCACAUACGUCAAGUCGGCCGUGACGAGAAAUUACUCGGAAAAGUCCAUCAACAACAUGCUCGACUACAUUGAAAAGGGAGCCGAUGUGUCAGCAGCUGUCCAGAGCAUGGAAAAGUUCUACUCUCUGACCCUUCAGAGCUUCCAGAGCACGAACAAUGAGCGGCUAUGGCUGAAGACGAAUAUCAAGCUAGCCAAGCUCCUGCUGGACCGCAAGGAGUACUCGGCCGUCUCCAAGAAGCUGAGGGAGCUGCAUCGAGCCUGUCAGCGCAGCGAUGGCACUGACGACCCCGGCAAAGGAACAUACUCGCUUGAGAUUUACGCGUUGGAGAUUCAGAUGCUGGCAGAGACUCGAAACAACAAACAACUCAAGGCGCUAUACAACCGAGCGCUCAAGGUCAAGUCCGCCGUGCCGCAUCCCCGUAUCAUGGGUAUCAUCCGUGAAUGCGGUGGCAAGAUGCACAUGAGCGAAGAGAAUUGGAAGGAGGCCCAGAGUGACUUUUUUGAGUCGUUCCGCAAUUACGACGAGGCUGGAUCACUGCAGCGCAUCCAAGUUCUCAAGUAUCUUCUCCUCACCACGAUGCUGAUGAAGUCCAACAUCAAUCCUUUUGACUCGCAGGAGACGAAGCCCUAUAAGACGGAUCCUCGCAUCUCUGCCAUGACCGAGCUCGUUGACGCAUACCAGCGAGACGAUGUCCACGCAUACGAAAAGGCGCUGCGAAACAAUCAAGACAUUCUUGCAGAUCCCUUCAUCGCCGAGAACAUUGAUGAAGUCACCCGCAACAUGAGAACAAAAGGCGUGCUCAAGCUUAUUGCUCCCUAUACUCGCAUGAAGCUCUCGUGGAUCGCCACUCAGCUGAGAAUAUCAGAACCCGAGGUGCAGGACAUUCUCAGCUUCCUCAUUAUUGAUGGCAAGAUCAAAGGAUCAGUCAACCAGCAGGCAGGCACUCUGGAAAUAGCGUCCGAUGCCGACAUUGCCAGGAUCCAAGCACUGGACGUCCUGACAACAUCGAUUCACGACUUAUUCGGGGCCGUCUUUAGAGAAGGCGAGGGCUAUAGAAACGAACAUUCGUCUUUUGAAGAUGCAGGGGCCGGGCUCGAUGUCCAAGGGCUGACCAAUCUCGUAAAGUCUGGGGCGCGACAGGGGCAACGCCAACUUCACAAGACUGGUAGAGGCAAAUCUGCCUUGUCAACACCUCUGUGAUGGCCCCUCAUCGUUUUGCACCAUGCUUUAGGUACCUACCUAGGUAGCAAAGGUAAUAGCUCCCAACUUCUAAAAGAAUCAGGUACGAAAUCACCAAAAAAACAAUCCAUGACCCCGUGGGGACAAGGUUUCUAGGCCCGGGCAUUUUAUCACGGAGUGAUCACAUCUUACAUACAUACGGGCUCCACGACGAGAUGGCCAAUACAGGCAUUAUAUGGACGGCGAAGAGCUGCAUGCCUGCUCUUGGCGGGGAUGCCACGUUGCGAUGAAGAGACAGCAGCGGCAGACUGGGAUGACGGGAUGGAGUGAGACUCGGGGUGCCGCUUAUCAUGCUGAGAUGAAAGUCGGUCCUCUUACAUACAUGACUACGUGUACUUGUAGCACUCUGUAGACGAAAUGAUAUGAUAUGCAUACAAAGC